AAGAACAAGGGAGAGCUUGGACCUCAUUCCUAUAACAAUUCCUGAUAAUUGCAUUGUGGAGGAGAUUAAAUUGGAUGAAAAGUAUGUGAUCAAAAGUAAAGAAUAUUUGGUGGAUAAACUAAAACCAUAUGAAGAUGUUAUUGAUGAAAAAUGGCAAUGUUCCACUGAUGAUGGAUUAUGUGGAGAAUGGGAAAUAGGAAGGGUAGUGCUUUACAUGUUUUCUGGAGGAUAUUAUAUGGGAUCUUCUAAAUCAUCUCGCAACUUUACUUGUAAAAUUGCUGAAAAUGCUGAAUGCUCGGUUUUUGCGCUUAAUUAUCAUCUUUCUCCUGAGCAUCAAUUUCUUGUCCCACUUUGUGACGCUUUAGCAGCUGCAGGUGGUGGAUUAGCUGUUGCUACUGCAUUACUAAUUCGUGACAUUGGUUUAUUGCCGCCAGCGGGCCUUGUUUUAUGGGCACCAUGGGUAGAUUUAACGAAUAGUAUGCCAUCAUAUUGGAACCCUGAAAUGGAUAAAACUGAUUGGGUUGUUCGUGCACUAAACACUCGUAAACUUGGUCCAUCAUCCUCUUUGUCAAAAGAAUAUUAUGAACGUGCAAAAAAUCUUGCAGAUAAAAUUGAACAAAAGAAGCCAAAUGUGGUCUGUCACCCUUCUUUUACUAAAGUUCCGAGAUUCAAAUUGUAUUGCGCAAAUGAAGCUUUGGCUAUUCCUUAUGUUAGUCCAAUGUUGGCAGAAAGUUUGGGAAAUCUGCCACCUAUUUUAUGUCAAGUGGGUAGUGGAGAACGAUUUCUGGACCAAGAUAUUUUAUUUAGUUUUAGAGCUUCUGAUCCGAAUAAUUAUCAAUUGCCUAAAUAUGCUACAAUGAAUUUUCCUAAUUCGCCUUUCAAGAAACCUACCAAAGUCACACUUGAAGUUUAUGAUGGAACAUGUCAUUGUUUCCAACAAGAACAUACAAUUAAUAAAAAUAUUCCAAAUGAAACAGGAAGUACAGCUUCUCAAGAAACACUUAAAACUAUUAAAACUAUUGCAAUUAACCCUAAUUGUGAGAUUAGAGAUUUAGAUGGAAAUUUUCUAGAAUGCUUAAGUUGGGAAAAUAUUGGGAUAGUUCCAGAAUUAAUGGUUGAUAAUAUGUAA